GAAAAAAAAUCGCUAGAGCUCGUCGCAUCCCGCCAUCGUCGAUUUGGCGCGGCAGCUUCUCUCACACACCACACUUCGUACUUUUCUCAAUCACACCACCAUGGGCAAACACUCCAAGUCCGCUGCCGAAGCCGGGCCCUCGGGGGCUGCCGGAAAGAGUCCAGACCCCCGAUUUGCGAGCUUCGAGAGCGACCCGCGCUUUAAGCUCCAAUCGAGACGAUCGGCCAAGACAAAGCUCGACAAGCGCUUUUCACGCAUGCUAAAGGAUGACGAGUUUACUGUGACUUCCAAGGUCGACAGAUACGGCCGCAAGCUCAAGAGCGACUCCAAAAGGAAGGCUCUGGAGAGACUAUACGAGCCUGAGGACGAAGAGAGCGACGGCGACGACGACAGCGAGGGCGGGGACAAGCCGGAGGAGCUCCAAGUGGACAACGACGAGGUCUUAAAGCGCGAGCUGCGCGCGGCCGACAAGAAAUACGACCCCGCACGUGGUGGCGGCUUCGACACAUCCGAUUCCGAGUCCGACGACGACGACGACGACGACGAGCCAGAUAUCGAGGUGGACGAAAAUGCGGGGGCUUCCAUCCAAAGAUUCCAAGACGAGCAAGCAGACGUGCCCCUGGGUGAUGUCACCAACAGGAUAGCCAUCGUCAACAUCGACUGGGACAACAUCAAGUCGACAGAUCUUUUCGCCGUCUUUUCCAGCUUUGUUCCUCAGGGAGGCAGAAUAAUAAAGGUCUCGGUGUACCCCAGCGAGUUCGGCAAAGAGAGGAUGGCGCAAGAGGAGGUUGAAGGCCCCCCAAAAGAGAUUUUCAAAAAGAAGUCAGGGGACGACGACAGCGUGGAGGACAGCGAAAAGGACGACGAAGACGACGAGGACGAGGAUGAAAAGAUCAAGGACGAGCUUCUGGAGGAGGGCGACGACCAGGACUUUGACAGCGAUGCCCUGAGGUCCUACCAGCUCGACAGGCUACGAUACUACUACGCGAUCAUGGAGUGUAGUGACGAGGCCACUGCCGAAACGAUUUACCGCGAGGUUGAUGGGCGCGAGUAUCUCGCCUCGUCCAACUUCCUUGACCUGCGCUUCGUCCCCAACGACACCACAUUUGAUGACGAGCCUAGGGAUGAGUGCGCUGAAGUCCCGGCCGGCUACAAGCCCGUCGAGUUCGUCACCGACGCGCUGCAGCACUCCAAGGUCAAGCUGACUUGGGACAUGCACCCUGACGAUGUGGCACGCAAAGACACUAUCAACCGCGCCUUCAAGGGUAGCCGCAACGACAUCGCCGAGAACGACCUGCGCGCCUACCUGGCUAGCGACAGCGAGGACGACGAAGGAGAUGAGAUUGAGGAGGUUGACGCUACCAAGGAGAACAGCGGUGCGGCCCCUGAGGCCGAGCCCAAGCUUUCAAAGAAGGAACUGGCCCGCCGCAAGAUGCGCGAAGCUCUAGGCCUCAAGGAGGAGCCCACAGGGCCCUCCAAGAGCGCCAAGGCCUCAGGCCCGGUCGGAGGGAUGCAGAUCACCUUCACCCCAGCUCUCUCCGCCAAGGCCGCCGCCAAGGAGCCCGAGGAUGAGACCACAAUCGAAAAAUACGCCAGGAAGGAGCGCGAACGCAAAGAGCAGAAGCGCGAGAAGGUCCGGGCCAGGCGUGAGGGCCGUGACCCCGACGCCGCCUCGGAAGCCACAGAGCCACAGACCGCUGGCGCAGAUAAGGAUCUGGGUUUUGACGACCCCUUCUUCACGACCGAAAACCCGGACAGCGCGGCAACGAAGUCGUCGAUCCGGAAGGAGGAGAGGCUCAAGAAGCGGCAGGUUAGGGAGGCCGAGGAAAAGCAAAAGAUCACCGAGCGGGCAAAGCUCGAGCUUCUGAUGGAGGAUGAUGCCGACGCGACAGCAGCAUCCGCCGGUGGUGGCGUUAAGGGCAUGAGCCACUUUGACAUGAGCGAGAUUCUCAAGGAGGAGAAGCGUAAGGGCAAAAAGCUAAAAGGCAAAAAGGCCAAGCAGCAGGCUGCCAAGGAUGCCGAGAACAGCAAGAAUCUGCUGCAGGAAGGUUUCGAGAUGGACGUGAAUGACGAGCGGUUCAAGGCCGUGUUUGAGGAUCAUGAGUAUGCCAUCGACCCUUCCAACCCCAAGUUCAAGGCCACGACCGGCAUGAAGAAGCUGCUCGAGAAGGGGCGGAGCAAGAGAAGGAGGACCGACGAGGGUAGCGCCGACGAAGACCCCUCGACCGGGUUCAAGAAGGCCAAGGUGGCAGCAGGCUCGGGCGAUCUUGCCGGGCUUGUAGAGUCGGUGAAGAGGAAGUCCAAAAAGCAGUGAGGCCAAGAAUUGGCAAUGACCAUGAAAAUUUAAUUGAGCCGAUCCCGAUCCUGCUUUAUGACUCUACCUUUCCACCAGUGUCACCACCUGACGACGCAGGAGGCAUAGCAGCAACACGCGGUCCAAGGCUGCUAACUCUAAACACCAUGUGAAGAUUCGUGAUCCGUGGCCGGCGGUCAGAGCCAGACUGGAUGCCUACCGCAG